GGUGCGAAAUCCUGUUGGCAGUGUGGUGAUUUUGGGCAUUUGAAAAAGGAUUGCCCAAAUCCACCACGCUGCUGGAGUUGCGGAAGUGCGGAGCACUUAAAGAAGGAGUGUCCAGUCUUGAAAAGCGAGCGAAUUCUGCAGUCGCACUUCAUUCGCUACGCCCAGCGAUUCACGAACAAAAAAGGAAAACCACGGAAGGGUGUAAAGACUUGGAACAAUAAAAACAACAACAACUUCUCGCGCAAACCAAGGAGAAACUACCGCAUGAAGGUGCAGUUCGUGAACGAGCGCGGGAUCGUCGUGCACAACUUUGGUGUGACGCUGGAAGGGGUUGAGGAGCGGUUCUGGGAGAACGAGUAUCAGGAUGACGAUGCCGAGGAAGAAGACGCGGAAAUGGAAGAACUGGACGUGAACUACAACGGCUUCAAGCAGAAAAAGAAACGCCAGUUACAGCGUCGGCAUGCUUCAACUCAUACUGUGAAGGAAGAGGAGGAAGAAGGCGAAGGUGGAGAAGAAGGCUCUGGAGGCGAGAAGAUGGAGCCGGAGGAAGAUGGGGAUGGUGAGGCGGAUUUCAAGUAGAGGAUUCGCGGCACCCCCGCUGGAAUCCUUCACAGUACAAAGAAGAUCCAGUAAAGAAGAAUCGGAGGAGAAGAAAAAAGAGGAAGAGCAGUAAAGAAGCAGAAACUGCACCUCCGGAAGAGAGAACUACCUUAGAACUUCUUCUCAGCAAAUGUCAGCCUUUCGAAAAUAUGAAGAGCAGGAGACCAGCCCGUCCUGCAAUGAAAGAUUUCGCAAAGAGCGUGAAGCUCGCAAUAAAAACAAUAAAAAUUCUCAACCUCGGGCGAACUCCGUCGGAGGAGGGGGUAAAAGCAGU